UAUGCAAGCAGUUCAUAACUUCGAAUACAAUUUGAUGUUUAGUUUUUCAACGUCCAACUUACUGGUAUCACUAUUCAAUUAUAUGUGAUGGUUUAGUGUUCACUAAAAUUAUAGUUCGGGAAGUUUACAGGUUUUUGAAAUAGUGAAUGUUCAAAUUGAAUUAAUCGGAUUUUCAGAUCGGAGCAGAUAUUCUGAAUAACAAUGUUACUUCUUGCAAAAUCAAUGAAAGAUACUUUUUCCUUCCUGAUGUGUUGUGCUGAUAGAUUGUGUCAAAAAGCUUUCUUGCAAAUACAUUUCUUAUUCGUCUUACUCAAUAAUUAAUCUAGAACUAAAUUCGUCAAUUUAAAAAGUGCUAUUGAAUAUUACGUAUUGACAAGAAUUGUUGUUGAACUAUCUAUCAGUUUCUAGGAGGAAUAUGAACUCGGUCAAUGGAGAAUACAAUAUUAAUCUUUUUUUGAGUAUCUACUUAUGAAAAAAAUAAUAAAUUGUGGAAUAGUGCAGUAAUGAUUCAAUUUUCAUAUAAAUAUAUUCUGUCAAUUGAGCUUAGUUCCAAAACUUCGGUAUUUGGUAAACAAAUUAGAUCCCCUAAGCACAGCUUAGCAUUUGCCGCCAGUAAAAAAGAUACUAUUCUAUCUCAUACCUGCUUCACAGUCAAAUGUAAUAGUGCAAAACAGCAGACUUGGUCAAAGCUGAGCUAUAUAGGACAAGACGUUAGAAGAAUUCCGCCGGUGCUUGCAAAGCUGUAUGGCGACAGAGUGCAGACGUUGGAUUUGAGCUACAACAGUCUCACCUCAUUACAAGAAAUUGGAAACUUCCCUCACCUAACCGAGCUCAUACUGGACAACAAUCAAUUGAGUGACUCCAUCAACCUGCCGCAGAGCAGCCUCCUCCAUACGUUGUCGCUCAACAAAAACAAUAUAACUGAUUUAGAUCUGUUGAUGAGAAAAAUUGAAAGUAAUCUGCCUAAUCUUCGAUAUCUCAGUCUUCUGGGAAAUAUCGCUUGUCCGAACCAACUAUCAUGCGCAGAGAAAGACGAGGAGGAUUAUCAACGCUAUCGUUAUUACGUUCUUCAUUGCUUGCCAAAUCUGCAGUUUCUUGAUUCGAAAGCAGUAACUGACGAGGAAAGAGAAGAAGCUGCCAGACGAGGCAAAUUCAUGAAGAUUGUUCGUCCCAAUCCAAAUGUGAGGAAAAAUAGUAAAUUGGAGGAAAGCGAGGAAGACAAUACAAAUUAUACUCCAUUACCAACACAUUCCAGAGAUUCCAACGAUCAUAGAGGAAUGUUUGGAAAAUGCAGAUCCAGGUAUGCUGGCAAGUAUUCUGAAGGUAAUCGGUUCAUAGUGAACAAUGAUCUGUGAAAUACGUGAAACUCGGCUUGGUGUAAUCCUGCUAUGUGGCAAUCUCAGAUAAUGUUACUACAAAUACAUAACAUCAAAGCUGGGUAACUGGUGCAUACAAUUCAAAUCAUGCAUAGUACAAUACAUGGCGAAUUGAUUUCGUUAAUAUUAAUAAUUACUAACAAGUUGUGUGUGAGUAGAAUUCUAGUUACUCUAGUAUGUACGUUUAGUAUUUAUACAUGAUGAAUGCCAGAGCUCUAUUUUUUAAUGACAUAUUUUAUAUUUUCAAUUUUAUUUUAUACACUUUACUAGCAGCGUUAUAAUUGAUUGUAAAUUUAAAUGAAACUUUGAGAUUAUUUCUAAAUAGUCAUUUUUUUAUUAUUCGUUGUUAGUAUCCUACCAUCCUUCACCUGGACGGUUGACGUAUAAGAAUUUUUACUUUUAAGUAAAUGAGUGCAUACCAUUCCCAACAGUUCAUAUUAUUGUGUCACGUUUGUAUCAAAAUAAAUAUCAUUUCACAAGA